AUGUGCUCAGGAAGUAUAUUUAUUUUUUCCAGUGGUUACCUUGCAACAGAGAUAUGUUCUCGUUAUUGCCCCCAGCACUUCCCAGAGCAUUCAUUUGACAGAGGAACAUCACUUUCUGCCAAGCAGAGGAACUGGAGUCGGAUAGAGCGGUCUUUACAGAAGCAGAGUUUGCACUUGACAAAGGAGGAUGUGGAUGGAACCAUUCACUGUCAACCAGGAGCAGCUGAACUGUUGGUGCAGGAGGUUUAUACCAUAUUAACUAACAGGAGUAUCAGGAACGCUGAGGGUCCAGAGUUUGACUUGAUUCGCUCCAUGGCCUCUAAAGCCAUCAACAACAACCUGAGGAUAACGGAGAUCAUGAAGACGCCCGACAUAGACCAGAGGAAGGCAGAGGUCAUCCUCCACAGGCACCUGGAGAACAAGGAGUCCACCAGGGGGGGCAGUCCCUUGAUGAAAUCACAGACACGUGGACUGACAGGGCUUGGAUCAACUGCUCCCGUCUGCGUUUCAGUGGCGGAGGAGCUCAGGCUCAGUUGCUUCAUUUCGAAUAGACUAAUGCUCCUAUGGAAACUGAAGAAGGAUCUGUGCUUUAAUAAUGAAUUGUGUAUUAAUGUGUCACUUUGUGUAUUGAUACGGUUUCCACAAUAA